AUGCCCCCUGAAAUGCCCAAUUUCAACCCCAUUAACACUCAAGGCCGACCACAUCAACCUUUCCCAGGAAGUUUCUCCAACGGAGGAUAUGGCCCUCAAGGUAUUCCAUAUCCUGCCCCCGAUCCGCCACAGCCGGUUUUUCUUCCAUCGCCCAUGCAAACCUCAUUCCCUCCGCAACAUCCAAUACCAAAUUAUCAAGCUCCCGGGCUACCACUCAGUGGCUAUGAACUCUUGGUAGCGAGGUUGACGGGCAACAUGGCGGGGAAGAAACUUGCACCUAUAUAUCGACGAUUCGAAGCUCUUCAUCACCGACUACUGCUACACAUGCAAGAUGAGCUCAUGGAGAUGGAAGAACAGCUACGCAAUCUUGAUGCGGCAGAUACGCAGCUCAGAAAGCACCAUGGAGGGAUACAUCCAGCAUCCCGGCGGAUGGAAAGCAAUAGCUCAACGGAUGCAAUUUGGAGAAGGAAAGAUAUCAUAAAAAGUAUUGCCGAAAAAUUAUACCAGUACAAUCAAGUCAUCACCUCAUUCAACGCCACUCACGCCUUACCUGAACCAAGCCUUCAAGAAGUUCUCGCCUACCAAUCUUACCUUAGAGAGUUCAAUCCAAUAGUAGAGGGCGAGUCUCAGUUUCUAGACUUCGCAGGCGAUCUAGUCAAUAUAGGACGGCGCAAACGGCGGCCGAAUAGCAAUCCUCCAGACGAACCUGCCAGCCCGGUGUCUCGGUUCCCCGGCAUGGUUGGAUUUUCACCACCGCCCAGCAGUCAAAUAUCUAACGCCAGCAGUUCGGUCCAUCCCGCUGAGAGCAAUCCAAAGCUGGCUUUGAAUCGUCUUGCUAUAGCUCUGGCCAUGAUCGUGCUCGCCCCAGUGAUCAGCUUCGCCGUAAUCCCAGGUUUCGUCGGCCGUAUGACAGUCGUCUUCCUAGUGGGUCUCGGGAGUGCUGCUGCGUUGUUUCAAUCCGGACUGCUCAAUUCUGUGGCAGAGGAUCGAAGCAUGAUGGAUUGGUUGCUUUGUGUAGGAGUUUAUGGAGCGGUAAUGGCUAUAAUUGCAGGUAUUAUUUAA